AUGGCGAGUAAAUGUACAAAGUGCGUAAAAGUUACUAAAGACGGUGUGCAAUGUGUGCAAUGUUUUCAAUGUGAAAAUAUUUUUCAUGCAAAAUGUGUUGGAGUAAAUGAUGACGUUGUUGAGGUAACACGUACUUUGUUGAAUUUCAAAUGGUACUGUGAUAUUUGUUUGAAGACGGUAUCCAACAUUAGAUUAUUGACAAAGACAGUAAAUGAUAAUAACAAUGAAAUCAAGUUGAAAGUGGAUCAAAUUAAUGCUGCGAAUAUUUCGUUAAAACAUGAACUGGACAUAAUCAAAAAUAUGAUUAAAGAUAAUGAUUCAAAAUUAGAAAAGCUUGAUGAACCAGAUGAGGCACAGGAAAUAAAAGAGGGAGAAAAAAACAUUAUGAUGUUUAAUGUAACUGAAGGAGAUAAUGACAGAGAUCGAGUCAAGGAAAUAAUCAAGAAACUGUCGAGUGAUAUCAAAGAUUCUGAUAUGAAGAGAAUAAUAAAACUGGGUAAAAGGGUUGAAUCAACAAAUAGGCCAAUUUUGAUAGUGAUGGAUAACAUUUCAGCUAAAGAGUUGGUGAUGAAGAGUUCAUACAAACUUAAGCAAAUGUCUGAAGAACUUAGUAAGAUAUGGAUUGCCAAUGAUCUGACUGCUGAACAGAGGAGUGAAUUGAAAAGUUUGAUUGCUAAUGCAAAGUCAAGAGAAGCUGCAUGUACGGGAGGUUUUUUAUACAGGGAAAUGAUCUGGAAAUCGAAAAAGAAAUCUGGACUUUUUGUACUGAUCACCGGUGUCAAUUUGUAA